AUGCAUGGAGAACUGAGUGAUCUGCAGCGAGACCCGCCGGCCCACUGUUCUGCCGGACCUGUCGGAGAUGACUUGUUUCAUUGGCAAGCAACAAUUAUGGGACCUCCUGAUAGUGCAUAUCAAGGGGGAGUAUUUUUUCUCACAGUACACUUUCCAACAGACUAUCCUUUCAAACCACCAAAGAUUGCUUUUACAACAAAAAUUUACCACCCAAACAUAAACAGUAAUGGGAGUAUUUGUCUUGAUAUCCUGAGAUCACAGUGGUCACCAGCUCUGACUGUAUCUAAAGUUUUAUUGUCCAUAUGCUCCUUACUUUGUGAUCCUAAUCCAGAUGAUCCUUUAGUACCGGAUAUUGCACAGAUCUACAAGUCAGACAAGGAAAA